ACAUGUGAUAUAUAAAUGAAAACUUUCCUCAGCAAGACUGCAACAUACACGCAUAUAUUUUAAGUUAGAAUUUUAGUUUGCUCAUUGAGUAAAUUUUGAGACUCUAAAGCAAAUAGAACUAAAAUUAGAAGGUGCAAUGUCUUCUGACGAAGAAUCAAUCGAAGGGGAAGAAGGUCCAUAUCUUGGCGAGUACGAAGGCGAACGUAAUCAAAACGAAGAAAGGCACGGCAAAGGAAAGGCAAAACUACCAAAUGGGGAUACUUAUGAAGGAUUUUAUGAAAAUGGGAAGAGAAACGGACAGGGGACAUACAAAUUUAAAAAUGGUGCAAGGUAUAUCGGUAGUUACACAAAUGGAAAGAAAAACGGCUAUGGUACAUUUGUCUAUCCAGACGGUUCAAAAUACGUAGGCAACUGGGUGAAUGAUGAAAAACAAGGAUUUGGAACAUAUUAUUAUGCAAACGGCGAUAUUUAUGAGGGAGACUGGUAUGAAAACAAAAGACAAGGACAAGGUGUUUACACAUUCAAAAUGACUGACUCACGUUAUCACGGAACCUGGAGCAACGGUCUUUGUGAAGGUGUAGGUGAAUUGACACACGCCAAUCAUCGAUACUCGGGUCGAUUUGCAGAUAACUGUAUGAAAGGUAAAGGAAAAUAUCUCUUUGAUAUUGGUUGUCAGCAAAUUGGAGAGUAUGAUGUUGAAGAAGAUCAAAUUCAGGGAGAGACAGAAGAAGAUGAAGCAACAACUUUAGUCAAAGCUUUAUGGAAACCUAAAUCAUUGACCGCAAUUGAAAGAUGAGCUUUCAAGUCACAAAAAACUAGCUAUUGAAUAGUACUUAUGUUACAGUAUACCGAUUUUUAGCACCAAAAUUUUUAAAUGCAUAAUUUCAAUCUUUUUUGAGCGAAUUUCACCUCUUGUACGCUGCAAUAUUAGCACGGACAAAUUGUUAAGAUUAUAACAUAUAUCAAAAUGUAAAUAUCUCAACGUGAUAUUUAACUUAGGUAACUCAACUUUUCAUAGCACAUGAAAUACAAAAUGUAAGUUUUUAUUAUCAAUUUACAUUGGAGGAGUUUA